GUUUUUCUCUCUUGCCGUUGAAGUAGACGGAAGUUCAAAAUACACAAUCCUGUGUGUUUGUGUUUCAUAUAAACCUUUGUCUCUGCUGCCUCAGAGUAUACCUCAAUUUAUAUUCUGAGACAGUAAUGGAGAGUUCACCAAAUCCAGACAAAGUUUCUGGUUUGGUUGUUCAAGAAACAUUGAUUAAGCCUACACUGAAAUUCUAUGUUCGACGAAAGUAUACUAAGCGGCUCAAUAAGUUACAAAACGUCGAUGACUCUGCAACUUCUCCACAAAAGAGUAAGAUUCCUGAGUUGGUAAAUUCAGACUUUUCUUCAGAUUUCAACAUAGAGGAUACAGUUAAAGAGAAGGUUGUGAAAAAGAGUGAAGAAUCAGAAAAAUUUAAAAUUGAUCUACAAAGUCUUCAUGGUACACAAGGGAAGAAAAACUCAAAAGAAGAAAUCGAAGAAAAAACUGCUCAGUCAACAACUCUUCAAGAUGAUUCACAAUAUGUUAAUGGAGAAAGAAAGGAGAACUAUUCUGAAAAGAUAACAAAAAAACAGAGAUUUCAUAGGCCGAGGAUUUUGGAAGAUGGCAAAAAACCAAGGGAUCCUAUCAAUCUUCGAAUGAGAACUAUAUCUAAGAAAAGGAGUAAAAAAGAGAAAGACGAUGAAGAGGAAGAAAUAGUAGAGAUUCGAACUCCAGAGAAGCAGAGUUGUCCAAAGAAAAGGAAAAACAAGGCAAACAAGAAUGUUGCUAGAACCUUGCCAUUUGAUGAAGAAGUUAUUGCUACCUGUCUUCAACUCAGUAGAAGUUGUGAGCCUAAUUUUCCAAAAGGCAAAAGGAGGAUGACCACUCUUCGUAGAACUGAUUUUCAUGUCUUAAUAUCUCCAAUCUCAUUUCCUAUGCCCAUCUGGAAAAAGCAGUCAAAAAGGUCUGAUCGAAAGAAAAAUAUGACCAGAUGGACCAUGAUUGCUUUGUCUUUGGAAUGCAUAGAAGAAACUUUGUCACUGGUAGAGAUUCAUCAGAAAAAUGAAGAUAUGAAAAGGAUAUCACCAAAGCUGAGUUUGAUGCAGUCUAAACAAAAAAUAAAAGCUGGCUCGAAGGAAACUAUAAGAAAAGCUAAGAAAAUAGGCAAACUUGUAACCCAAGAGAAAAAUCAUGAGAAAAGUAAUGGGCGUCAAGGUGCUGCAAUUCAGAGUCAAGAUUUAUUCAUAACAUCAUCAGUUUGUGUUGCACCAAAAUUAGACACUAAUGAAAAGAAAGUUAUGGAGAAUCUAAUUCAACAAUUGAAUUAUCAAAAAGAUCACAAUCUUUCAUCUCUAGCCGAUGUUCCAUUACACAUAGAAGAUACACUUAUGAGAUCUGUUAAUGACUUAACGCAUGAAGAUUCUAAGAAAAAAACUAAAGGUAUUGCCAAGUUAAUCAAAGAGAUGGAAAAAUUAAACAUCAAGCGAAGAGUAACAACUUUGAGCAAGGCAAAGAAAAAGCUGGUUAUUGCAAAAGUGAAUCUUGAUCCUGAAACCAUUAAAGAGUGGGAGUUAUUAAUGGAGAACGAUAUACAAAAGAUAUCCCAUGCCAACGAAGAAGAGACAGAGUCUAAGUGGAAAGGAGAACGAGAGAUAUUUCAAAGCAAAAUAGAACUCUUCAUCAACCGAAUGCAUCUUAUACAAGGCAAUAGGAAAUUUAAACAAUGGAAAGGCUCAGUUGUGGAUUCAGUUGUUGGAGUUUUUUUGACACAAAAUGUUUCUGAUUACCUUUCAAGCAAUGCUUUUAUGAGUGUUGCUGCAAAAUUUCCAGCAGGUGCAAAAGAAAAUCUGGAAAGCUUAGAAUAUUUCAUUGAGGAACCUCAAGAGAUUAAUAACUUUGUCGGUGAUAGCCAAAUACCAACUCAGACUAGGGACAAUGAUGCUGAAAGUUCUGUUGAAUAUGUCUCCUUAGAAAAAAAUUUGGAACAACCUGUGAAAGAUGCAAAAAGAAAAAACAAAAAAACAGGUAUCAUGGAAGAUGAGAAUGUUGAUUGGGAGAGUUUGAGAAAAGUCUACACAAAAGAAACAAUUAAGGAUACAAUACAUAUGGACACUGUUGAUUGGAAUGCUGUACGGUCAUCUGAUCAACAAGUUCUUGCUGACACCAUCAUAAAACGAGGACAACACAAUGGUCUUGCAAGAAAAAUCUUGAAAUUUCUCAACAACGAAGCAAAAGAAAAUGGAAGCGUGGAUCUUGAAUGGCUUCGAGAUGCUCCUUCUGACUUAGUGAAGAGAUAUCUAUUGGAGAUCGAAGGAAUAGGGUUAAAGAGUGCUGAGUGUGUACGACUUUUAGGACUUAAACAUUCAGCUUUUCCGGUUGACACAAAUGUUGGACGUAUAGCAGUUCGGCUUGGUUGGGUUCCUCUUGAACCUUUGGCAGAUGGUGUUCAGUUGCAUCAAUUAUUUCAAUAUCCUUCAAUGGAUUCAAUUCAAAAAUAUCUUUGGCCACGACUAUGUAAGCUUCCUCAAGAGACACUGUACGAGUUACAUUAUCAGAUGAUAACAUUUGGAAAGGUCUUCUGUACGAAGGUUAUUCCUAAUUGUAAUGCAUGUCCGAUGAAAUCAGAAUGCAAAUAUUUUGCAAGUGCAUAUGUCAGUUCCAAAGUUCUUCUCGAGGGUCCUAAAGAAAAGACACAAGAGCCAGACACUUCAUACUGUCAUGAUGUUGAUGCAAAGCUGCCAUCAAAGAUAAAUUCGAUUGAAGAAUGUGUUUCUUCUACUGAAAGCAGUAAUCAAACUAACUGUUGCGAACCAAUAGUUGAGUUUCCGUCUACUCCAACUAGAGAAAUACCAGAGUUAUUAGACAUUGAAGAUACUCCUUGCAGAAUUUAUUGUCAGUCUAAUAAUGCAAUUCCUGGAAUUGGUAUCGAUAUGGAUGCAUUGAAGCAAAACGUAGUUGAUGCACUACUUUUAAAAAGUGGAACGAUGUUCAACGGUGGUUGUAAUGACGAGAUUUCAAAAGCAUUAGCAGUCAUGACCCCAGAGAAUGCCUGCAUUCCAAUGGAUUUGCCCCGCAAAACAAAGUAUUAUGACAGAUUACGAACUGAACAUGUGGUAUAUGUGCUUCCUGAUAACCAUGAGCUUCUCAAUGAUUUUGAGAGAAGAGAAUGUGAUGAUCCUAGUCCAUAUCUACUUGCCCUUUGGCAACCAGGUGAAACGCCAUACUCGUUCAUGCCGCCAAAGAAGAAAUGUGACUUAGAUGGAACAAACCUCUGCACGAUUAAGACUUGUUCUUAUUGUUGGAAAAUACGUGAAGAUAGUUCAAACACUUACCGUGGAACAAUUCUGAUCCCUUGUAGAACAGCAAUGCGAGGAGGUUUCCCACUAAAUGGCACAUACUUUCAAACCAAUGAGGUUUUUGCAGAUCAUGAGACGAGUUUAAAACCUAUUGUGUUUUCUAGAGAGUUGUGUAAUGGGUUGGAGAAGCGUGCAUUAUAUUGUGGGUCAUCAGUGACAUCUAUUUUUCGGUUAUUAGAUGAAACAAGAAUUCAACUAUGUUUUUGGACAGGAUUUGUAUGCAUGAGAGGGUUUAAUCGAAAGCAAAGAAAUCCAGAAGCACUCGUCCGCAGACUACACACCCCACCUGAUGAGAGAGGAGAAAAGCACAUGAGAGACUGAUGUUUUGUUUCGUUAUUUUUAGUAUUUUUUGUAGUUAUCAAAGACCUUGAAGAACUCUUUUUCUAGUUGUAGGCAAGUUCUUUUUCAUCUCAUAUUUGUGUUCAAAAAUGAAGUUAGAUAU